AAACAAUAAGAUAAGGCAACAAGAGGAGUUGCCCCUGAGAACAACUGAGAAAGGCUUUACAUUUUGUCUUUAUGAGCUGAUAAAACUAAUCAUUUAAUCUUUGAAUCACUUGCACGAGUCAACCUCUUUUUAACCCUCAGUGGAGCCGCGGUUUUUGAAGGAGAUGAUAAGCUGGUUGACAUUUCUAAUCAUGCCAUUUGCAGAGCAGCCGCUACUGAUUGGCCCUAAUUGAUCUCUCAACGUUAGAGAACUUUUUGUCGAGAUUAGGUUGUCCCCAAUAGACACACAGUGCUGGUCAGUGAUAAGUUACCUGAAUAUCGAGAUGGGUUCAAUGUUGUUAUUAAUAUACAUCGUUGUCCAAUAGUGUUAUCAUGCUGAUGAUGACACUGGUUAGAUUUGGUAACCAAUGUAUUGAUGAUGAUGAUGAUGAUGAUGAUGUGAUUCUCUGUGCUUAAGUUGUGAGGGGGCGUGUGGCGGAAAGUUUGUGGAGCAACAUAUCCAUGUGCUAUACUGACCAGACAUUAUGUUAGUACAGUAGUGUGUGUGUCUUUGUGACGACGUUUUAGUAUGGAUGUGACCUCGAAAAGUUUUCAGUGCGGGCUGUUGAUUUGAUUGGCCAAAGGAGGAACUGGGGGGGCGCAGAGCUGCGCAUGCGCCGAUGCUGCUGUGACAGAACGAGUCGCGAGCCUGCUGCUGAAGUUUUACUGCACUUCGCGGAUUUCUACACAGCACGUGUGACUAGAUCAACCAAGGCCUGGAAACAGAGAGGCGGAAUCUUUUUUUGUUUUUCCAUCGGUGGUGAUUCUACAGCUGCAGCAUGCAGCCGGGCGAGCCACAAAAAGGGGUUUCUGGCAAAGGCGAGCUGUUUGAUUCGCUGAGGGUGUACCUGGACAACAAGAAGAGACUACAGCCCAUUAUUGGCCUGGGCAGCAUUGUAGAAUGUGUGAAGGUGGGGACACGCUACAGAGAGGCUCUGUACCUGUGCGAGGUGUGUGUCUGUCGGCUCAGCAAGGCUGACAUGCGCAACCACAUCAUGGGAAGUCUCCACAGAUUCAACUACAUUAAAGCCCGGCACCCCGACCUCAUGAGUGAAUGGAAGGACAACUCUGACCUGUCCAAGCUGGCCUGGCCACUGAUGGAGAUGGCCAAGAAGAUCGAAGGAGAAGAGGGAGCAGGUGACGUCCAGUUAAUAGAGGUUGGAGAUGCUCUAUACCAGAAGAUGACUACACUCAGUGAGAAUAAUGCAGUAACUCUGAUAAAUUACUUAAGAGAUUGGCAGGGUGAACCUGAGAGCCACUCCGAGGCCACAUCCAUUCAGCCAGAACACCAUCACGUCCAAUCGCAGCGGAUUGUGUUGCUUGGCCAGAACCAGAACCAGAACCAACGGCAACGGACAGAGAAGUCCCACAGUGCCGACGUGAUGUCGCACAGGACCUCAGAACACACGACCGAGCCACAGUUAGACGACACUCGGGUGUCACCGGAGCCCUCUGUGCUCUCAGACAUCAGCAGCAGCAGCAGCAGCAGCAGCAGCUUUGUUGAUGGCUACACAGGAACCAAACCUCUUAUUGGUCUGUUCCGCGUGGUUGAGUGUAGGGGUGACACUGGCCGCGCGCAUGUUUUCUUAUGCCACUGCUGCCGAAUCAGAUUCAGCAAAAGGGACAUCAUCGAUCACCUAACCAGCUCCUCCCAUCUCAACAACUACUUGAUGGAAACCCGUCCUGAGCAGGCUGAGGUAUUGACGACAGAUACUAAUGACAACUGUCAGUUUCUCCAGUCGCUGGCCAAGCAGGUGGAGCGAGAGGAGGGCAGAGGAGAGCUGAAGGUGAUAAAUAUACCAGAAUCACUCUGUAUCCCACUGACUGGCAAAAGUUACCACUGGUGUACGAAGAUGCUGUGUAACGGCUGGACAGAUAAUAGCAGCCAAAAAAACAAAUUAACUGUAAGAGGUCAUGGUGUGAACGAGGCCUCAGCUGAAGACACGCCAGUGCUGUCAAAAUGGUCCAAAAGGUCUAAGAGGAAGAUGAUGAAAAAGGCUAAUACUGUGUUCAAGGUAAGCCUGCCUCUUACCAAAGGUUCAUUGCUGCUGGAGAGGACGUCUUUCAGCAAGGACAGCCUCCCUGUGUCACGUUCCCAUUCAUCGGCCUCGGACCUCAUUCCAUCAUCGACGGAGGACAGUUAUUCGGAGUGUGACACUGAAUCAUUUGCAUUUAACCAUGCUAAACCCCCCUCGGUGUGCACAACCGUACCAUGUCAGGAGGACCUCUGUAGUGGAGAUACGGAGGCUGGUCAAUACAUGAGACCAGAGAGAAACUACACUGUCACUGUUGUCCAAGAGGGGAACGGUUACUUCAGUAAUAAUGAAUACUUCAGCCAGACCGAAGACAUAACUGGGACAAAAGACCACAUGGUUUAUGGGGAAGGGAAUCAUGACGGACAACGUGGUUCUCAAGAAAGAUCAAGAGAGAACUUUAGUGAAGAGUUAAAAAGAGAAGGCCUGCAGAAACAAUACGAGGGGUUGUCGCACACUGUGUCCCGCACCCAGGACUGGUCCUCUCACAAGGGUUACACUGAACAGUGGUACAGUUCGGCUGCACCAAAUAAGUUCGACACAAGAGCGGAAGAGAGACGGAGCGAGUUGAGCUUGGAUGCUACUCAACAUUAUUACCGACAACUGCCCCAAAAUCAUUACAUGGCACCAGAUCAUAGUCGGAGUCUUCUGACAGAUGCUGCCGGGGUCAACAUGCAUCCUCACUCAGGAGAUGUCCUUGCUCACAGCGUCGCACCAGGGACUAGAGUGCACUACCUUGAGACGGAACAGAGACGAGCACAAUCAUGCAUGGAGUUCACCACCAGCAAUGUCCAGACAGGUUACACGGUGCAACCUGUGGCCUAUCACGCUGUCCAUACAGACCGUGGGCUGAUGCAUGACCCCGUCUACAGUAAUGGACCGUGGGCACAACAUGACUGGUACUUUCCCUAUCCAGAAAGAAGCGGUGGUGGUGGUGGUGGGGAUAUGUCCCAGUCAAAUGCUUUCACUCCACCUGUGCAAGCUCCGUGUUAUGGAACCAACUUUGAUUUACAUUCCAGAGACACUGGGCUGUCGAGGUUUGAGGAUUUCAAGAAGUGGACAAGUGCAUAUUAUGGAGACCCCGGUUCUACCCAAGGGAGCAGUGUCUCUAUUGAAUGAACUUACUCAGACUGUCCGACACGGCUUCUAAUUGUGCCUUUGCGUUAUGUUCUGACAAAAUCAUGCAUCUGGUUUCUGUUAGAAAUUGCUCUCUGUUGAUAGGAUUUUUUUUGCCUCUUAGCUCAAUAUUCAGCUUUAUAUUAUAUUUUUGUCUCCAUCUGAAGGUGAAAAGUAUUUUGGAUUUCCAUUCCUGUCAAGCUAAAAAUCAGAACUGGAUAUUAAAAUGAAAUUUGUCUAGACAUUUUCUUUGGAUACGUCUAGAAAUGCAGGAUUUCCAUUCCUGUCAAGCUAAAAAUCAGAACUGGAUAUUAAAAUGAAAUUUGUCUAGACAUUUUCUUUGGAUACGUCUAGAAAUGCAGGAGUUAAAGGUGAACGUGUAGUUAUGUCAAAAUAAGCUGGUGCUUUUUCAUUUAGCAAGACAUUUCUAACUAUGCCCAGUGUUAUUCUUCUAUGAGAAUUAUAAACCUGACUCAAGCUAUGAGAUGAAGACAUCAUUUAAAGUGAAAGGUGCUGAAAUGUAUUCAUACACUGUAUUUCUCAGUUUCUUGUGUAAACAAGUGAAUAGUGAGAGACAUGCGUAAUAAUGAUAUGCAUCAAUUUUUCCUAUAGCAGCUGUUUUUUGUGUUUUUUUACUGUUGACCUUUCUGAGUUCUGAGCAACAACAGCAAGUUUGUAAACGUUUCAGAUCACAUGGCGACAGUGGAUAUUGAUAAGCCGGAAUAACUCUGACUAUAAACUCUUUGCUAUGAAAUUCCUGUAAUGACUCACUUUAUAUUGUGCUUGAGUGAAUUUCUUCUUCUUUUGGAAGAAAAAAAAACUUGUUAUGAAACUGUCAAAUGCACUGCUUAACCAAUUUCUAUCUGAAUAAAAUUUAGGUGAGAUUA